UUGAGUCAAUAUGAGCGAGGACUGGGAUGACGACCCGCCUUCAGAGUUUCAUCCAGUUGAAGGUGGCACUAGGUUUACUGGACCAGCUUCUUCAGUUGGAAGAGGACGAGGAUUUGGUCGAGAUGUUGACAGUCGUCACAAACCCAACAACAUUAACAAUACAUGGGGAGAAAAUCAGCAAGAAGGCGCAAUAGGCGAUAGAGGAGACAACAAGUGGGAAAGUGGCGACAACAAUAAUGGAAACAAGGAAAACAUUGAUUGGGGAAGCAGUGGCAGAGGAAACCGAAGAGGCCGUAGUUAUAGUCGAGGUGGUGGCAACAGAUUUAAUAAUGAUGAAACGUGGGUUGAAAAUGGCGAGGAAGGCUCAAAAGGCAGAAGAGGAGAUGACAUGUGGGAAAGUGGCGACAAUAAUAAUAAAGGAAAUAUAGGAAAUGUUGAAAGGAAUAGCAACAGUACAGACAGAAGAGGUAAACAAACUUAUUACAUUAUUAAAAUACAUCUGACAUUAAUUAAAACAAAUUCUAUAAAUUAAUUUGUUUUCAAAAUAGGAAGAGGACGAGGUUUUGAUCGAGAUGUUGACAGUCGUCAC